UUCACUCGUCUGAAUUCUGCUUCUCCUCGUUCACGUUUCAUCCAUAGCACUUCACUGUUCCUUGUUCAUUUCAUCGACCCGACCCAGAACAAUUAAAUGGCAGCUUACAGAGCGGACGAAGACUACGAUUAUCUAUUCAAACUGGUGUUGAUUGGCGAUUCGGGUGUGGGCAAAUCCAAUUUGCUAUCCAGAUUCACCCGGAACGAGUUCAGUCUAGAGUCCAAAUCAACUAUUGGAGUCGAAUUCGCCACCCGAAGCAUUCGGGUCGACGACAAGAUCGUUAAGGCUCAGAUUUGGGACACCGCUGGCCAGGAAAGAUACCGAGCUAUCACAAGUGCAUACUACAGGGGAGCUGUUGGUGCAUUGCUUGUCUAUGAUGUUACAAGACAUGUCACAUUUGAGAAUGUUGAAAGAUGGUUAAAGGAAUUGCGGGGUCACACAGAUGCCAAUAUUGUCAUUAUGCUUGUGGGUAACAAGGCAGACUUGCGUCAUUUGCGUGCUGUUUCUGUGGAGGAUGCUACAGCCUUUGCUGAGAGGGAAAACACAUUCUUUAUUGAGACAUCAGCUCUUGAGUCUAUGAAUGUUGACAAGGCAUUCACUGAAGUGCUAACCCAAAUCCAUAAUGUAGUAAGCCGGAAAGCACUUGAUAUAGGGGAUGACCCUGCAGCCUUGCCUAAGGGGCAAACUAUUAAUAUUGGAGGCAAGGAUGAUGUCUCGGCUGUAAAGAAAGAUGGUUGCUGCAGUGCUUGAAUGCAAGCCGUGAUAAUUUAGGGGGAUCUAAUUUUAACUUCUUCCGAUUUCCAUCAUAGUUUUGAGAGCUUCACAUUUCACAACAUGGUCUCUUACAAACUUAUGGCUGGUACCACCAUGCUUAAGCUUCUGUGAGCUUGAUUUACAUUUCGGGGUCAAGAAAUUUCCUCAACCCUUCAUCUGGAUAUCAAUUUUGCAUCUCGUUAUUUCAAGCUUUUCCUUGUUAUAUAUUGGUUUUUUUUUUUUUUUUGGUACUGUAGUUUUAACUUUUGAUUGUACUUUGCUCUAGAAUAGAAAGUGUUUUGAUCAAUUUGCCUUUGUAUUUGACUGUUAUUUGAAUGAUUUCUUCAGUGGCUCAUAAAAAGAAACAAAUUAGCUUCAAAGAAA